AGAGAAUGUAGGAUUACUUACCUAUUUAUUAAACAUGAUAUUUAUUACUACUAAUAUCAUUUAAGUACCAUGUGCAAACAAUAUGAAAUUAAAGAUUGGAAAAUUGAAUUAUUGUCAACAUUAUUAUUAUAUUAUUAAAAGUGUUAUGUUCAGAAGUAAAUCGUCAUCAAUGAAAUUUGAUGAAUUCCUUGUUGACGCGGAUUUAACAUCUUGUUCUCCUAGUUUAUAUGAUAAUCAUUUUGAGUUGACAAAUGGCAUAAAUAUUCACAAGGUAAACGAGUUCCCCUCACAAACAUCCUCAUCAUUAUCCUCUCCACUGCCACCCUCACUAACACCAUCUUCAUCAUUUUCAUCAGAAUCUAUUGUCGACUCUCAAAGUUUGAUGUCAGAUUGUACUGAUGAAAUAAUCAAAUCCAAAUCACAACGACCUUAUAAUAAUAUGUGUAAUAGUGAUAUAAAACCUAUAAAAUAUAAAUUAUUAAAUAAUGAAAGUCUGGGCAAUAUUUGUAUCAAUGUACAAUUUCAUUUUCCAUAUUCAUUGCAUAAUAAUAGUUUAUUAACAGAUUUUUAUGAUGAAUUAAAUUCUGAUAUCAGUACUAGUACUAGUAAUACAUUUACUGUUAGUAAUAUACUUUAUUCAGAUAACUGUUGUACUACAUCAACGAUAGGCUUUCCACCUUAUUUAGACAAAUUACACAGUGUACAAACAACUAGUGAUAUGCUUAUAAAACCUAAAAGUCCUAGAGUAUUAUUAGACGCAUCAAAUAAUGAUAUAUAUGAUAGGAAAAUUAAGCUUACACAGAAAUGUAAUUCAUCCUCUGAUAGUGGACUGUACACUUCUCUACCCAUUGAUGUACGCUACAUAUCGACAAGAUUAGUUAAACAGGAAAUUCAAAUGGAGACACCGCAUUUUGCACCAAUUUUAAAUACUAAGUAUAUUUAUAGUCCAUCAUUAGAGAAUAUUGAAAAUAAACUAUGCACUGGUGAUAUAACUACAUCCAUAGAAACAGAUUAUGAUAUGAGUAAUAAUAUUCAAACUAUAGAUACAAAUAUAAGUACUCUAUCAAAUCUAGGUGAAUUUAAAAAUCAAUCAAGGUAUCGAAGAAUUGAAACAUCAGCACGCAUACAUGAAGAUACUUCUGUGACAAGUACAAUUAAUGUUGAUGAACAAGUAAAAUUGUGUCCUGAAAAGUUAAUACCCUUAUAUGAUUCGAAUCGAAUGAAUCCAAUCGAAUAUAGUCGUAUUUCACGAAUAAGUGAAAAGUAUGUUGACCAAGCGAUUAUUCCUAAUGCUCCGCUUACAUACAAUCAUAAGCAUUAUGAGGAUACAUCCAACAAAAGUAUGAAUGAUAGCAUAAAUCAUAUCAACUAUACACUUGCUGGUGAUAUGUAUAAGAGAACAAAUGAAGAGAUUAUUACUUCAUCGUGUUGUCUACAAAGAUCUUCAAAUCUCUCCCCAGAACAUUGUUGUUCACUAAAUAGCAUUAAUGAAACGACAAGUAGAAACAUACCGAAUCCUGUAAAUUAUUAUGAAAGUGUCUUAUGCAGACAAUUAUAUUCUACAUCGAUCAAAAAAUGUUCAGAACGCUAUGAAAAAGUAUAUUCAUCACUUAAGCCAUUGAAUUCUUCUAAAAUGUAUAACACUAUUCCACAGACACUACUUAUAUCUAAAAUGGAAGAAUUUGUUCAGAAGUUAGCGAAAGUAUCAUUAAUACCAAAUCAGCUGUGUGAAAGGCACGAACAUCAUUCCAAUCUCUGCGUAGAAGGGGAUAAACAAAAUCCUUCUGUAAUAUUAAAGAAUGACGCAUUGUUAUUCAAUAAAAAUCCGUUUAAAAUGAAUAAUAUUUCUAAGAUUCUCAUGUUUGAUAAACAGUCGACUAUACAAAAACCAUCUUUCACGAGUAUCUAUCAUCAAGAUAGAUCACUGAAAAAAUUUAGUCAGUGUGAUACAUCUACACAAACAGAUAAUGAUGAUAAAGUUAAUAAAAGCAAAUUUUAUCAACAUAUAAAUGUAGAACAUUUUCAAUGUCCAAUAUAUAAUAAAUAUAGUAUAGAUGGCUUGGAUUCAAAAAUGAAUUCACCGGAUACGAAUCAUUUCCAUGCUGUAGUAUCACCAGUUUAUCCUACAUUUCGUAAUAGUAGUAGUGGUACUAGUGCUUGUAGUUGUUCCCAUUCAGAAAGGUGUAAAUCAAAUUUCACACACAAAUCAACAUGUGAAGAAGCCUUUACAAAAUGUUAUUCAUCCUAUGAAUUGCAUAAACACCCAAUAAAAGCAACCAGUUUACCCAUUGCUAAAUGUGUCUUCUGUCAUUUUAUUGAUACAUGUCCUGGGGAUUGUGUUCAUCGUAUCACUACUUGUCUACAUCAUGGUUUGUAUAUUUUGUCGAAUACACCAUCAUGUAUUAAUUCACAAUCACAUCAAUCAAGUGAAUCAAAUGUUAAUAUUAAAUCGAAUGAAACAGAUGUGUUCUCCUCGUCUAGAGUAUUACAUUUCAUUGUAUGUCCUAAAUGCAGUGCAAACAAUACCGCCAACAAUUGUGCAACACAUAACAGGUAUACUACAUGUUAUAGACAACGACGUCAGUAUUUCAGCACACGAUUUGCUUCUUCGAAAGAAUUUGUUGUGUAUGUUCAAGAGAAAAGGAAAUAUUUGACUAUGUAUGAUAUAGAGAUUUAG